UCUAGCACCGCACACGUGCAUUUGUGGAAAAUCUUGGCAUUAUAUAACCGAGAAGUUUGUCAACAAAGCAGACACACACACACACCAUUUUAGAGUCAACCAAAGGACCAAACCCCACACCACUAACAUUUCCACCGGAUCAAGCAUACCUUGACAUAAAACACCUCCAAACUGAUCACUUUCAAUUCACUCCUUCCCAUUAUCCUUCUUCUUCUUCUUCUUCUUUCUUUGUGCUAAUUAAUGGCCAUAAGUGAGAACCACUUGGCUCAAACCUUCAUUGAAUGGCUCAAACCACCAACGACACCAUCACAACAAGAACAACAACCAAAGAAACAAGAAGAAGGUCACUGCUUGCCACUCUUGAACAGGCUUGAAGAGUCACAUGAGAAGGUUAUGGUCAAAGAAGAGGAGAAUGAGAAUGAAAGCCUCCAAGACAUGGUUACUGUGGCUUUGCAUAUUGGGUUGCCUGAAAGUGCUUCUUCUGAAGGUGAUCUUGAGAUGAAGGAUGAGUCUGAGGGAUCCACUGUGGCUUCUGGGAGCACAAGGUUUUGGAUUCCAACACCUUCUCAGAUCCUCAUUGGACCAGUUCAGUUCUCUUGUUCUGUCUGUAAUAAGUCCUUCAACAGAUAUAACAAUAUGCAGAUGCAUAUGUGGGGGCAUGGAUCAGAAUACAGAAAAGGACCAGAGUCUCUGAGAGGGACACAACCAUUAGCCAUGCUCAAGCUCCCUUGCUAUUGUUGUGCUCAUGGUUGCAAGAACAAUAUAAACCAUCCAAGGGCCAAGCCACUGAAGGACUUCAGAACCCUGCAAACUCACUACAAGAGAAAGCAUGGAGUUAAGCCCUUCAUGUGCAGGAAGUGUGGCAAGCCUUUUGCAGUUAAAGGAGAUUGGAGGACACAUGAGAAAAACUGUGGCAAGCUUUGGUAUUGCACUUGUGGCUCUGAUUUCAAGCACAAAAGGUCCCUCAAAGAUCACGUAAGGUCAUUUGGCAAAGACCAUUCUCCAUGCAUCCCUCAUUGGAUUUCACACAACUCAUCAUGAUCCUUUAAGAUGAGAAAUCAAAUUCCAUGAAGCUUGUUAACUUAGUCUUGGUGCUCGUUAACAAAAAGCUCCAGUUAUGCAAGGAGUGGUUUGCUAUGGAGCACUGAGACAACAAUGAGAUAAAGAGGUUAGUGUUUGCUAAGAGUGAUGAAUAAGUGAGCAAUAUCUUUAAUUUGCUUUUGAGGAUGGCUGUGAAGUAGCCGAAUUUUCUUUAAUUUCUUUCAGAAAACUAUGCUUCAUGAGAUAUCUACUUAGGCAUGUGACAUCUUUGUACUGAAGAAAAUUUUCCAACUUCAUAGACAUGAAUUAA